AUGAAAUCAUUUAGUAUCAUAGCUCAAGCCCGACACAUAAAUUACAUCAAUGAAAAAUUAAAUUUAAAGAAACCAUCAAUUAACAAGCCUAUUCUUAUUACUGCUGAUGAAGAACAAGUACAAUUAACAGAAAGUUCAAUGAAAAAGGAAGAGCUAAUAUUGAAAAAAGAUAAGUUAUUAGUUAUUUUACAACAAGUUCAAGAAUUAACUAAUAACAAUGAAGCAGAUUGA